AUGGCAGAUUUUAGACAAUAUUCAUUUGUAGACCUGGACUCUCAAAAUUUUCCUUAAAUCGAUUGUAAAUUCAGAAGAAGUGAAGUUUAGGACAGAGAUAAUAGAUAGAGGAAGAAUCCCUCCAAAGAGCUAAAGGCCAGAGUAUUGAGCACUUCAAAGCUUAGUACAAGCUAGCUGACUUAAAGGUCUAAGUCCUCUAUAGGAAACUAUAAUCAUCAUAAUAAGUCUACUGAUAUCAAUAAUGAAAACAUCUUAAUCAAAAAUGUGAGAUAGAUACCAGAUUUCUAAUAUCAAAGUCCUGGACUGUUUGACUCGUAGAAUACUAAGAGUGAAAUUGGUCGAAAAUCUACUCAGAUAGAUUCAGAGUUUAAGCUAUUAAGUAAUGAUCUUAAUAUGGUAGAUCAUACGCCAUUCAAUGAUAAGACUAAUAUGGCAUUCCAGUAAGCUGAUUAUUUGAGUCCUUUUAUUCAAGAAAAAUUCAGUUAUUUGACAAGUUUUGAAGACAAGAUCUCAAAUAUUGAGAUUCCAAUUGAGCUUAGCACGCAAAAUGCCUCUUCUCAAAAGCCUAUCUUCAAUAAAACUAUGUUCUGGCUGGAUAAGGAAAAUAAUAAUAAUGCUGAGGUAUAAUAAGAAGAAGAUAUCACCCCUUCUUUUAACGAGAAGCCACUAAAGGAGUAAAAAAACAAAAAGCAGGUUAAUCUGACUAAAAAACUGUAAAAAUUAGCGAAUGACUAAUAGACAGUAAAUAAUAUGUCACAAGGGUAGUUACAUAGAGACAAAUCUAAAAGUACUUAAAAGAAUAGCAAGAAGUUGAUAAAACUUUCUGAGUUGCAAGCACUUUCUAAUCAAUUGAGUAAUGAUAUGGGUAUACUUGUGUAUAGGAGAGAGGAGAAAAAGGAAAAAGACUUUUUAGAUGAUUCAUUGAAGCCAUCAUCUAAGUCUUCUUAGAAGUAAAAGAAGCCUAAGUCAGAGAGAACAUGCUCUACUCCACCUCCAUAAAAGCAUAUGAAGUCGAAAUCUGCAUAGCAAACUAAAAGAUAAAAGCCUCCUAAUUAGCAAAAUUAACUUUUUGAAAAUGUUAAGCCCUCUGACUUUUCCUAGAAUGAGAGAUAAGUAAAUAGAUCAGAUAAUAAGUCCAGUUAAUUUUAUGGAAAUUUAAUGAAUAUGAUGUAUAAGCAGAUUCAAGGCAACUAGCCAAACAAUCAAGGUUUAAGUUCUCUAAAUUUAAGUGAAAGUUAAAAAUCUUCGAGUCUACAAAAAAAGAAAAACUCUAAUUGUAGCUCUAAAAAGAAAGCACCUUUUAAGAACAUCACUGAAUCUACUAUCCUCUAGCAAUCUAUAUGUCUAAACACCCAAGGAAACUCCUCUAUCAAUCAUAUCAAUAAUCACAGUAGAUUUGAUUCCAUGACUUAAAUAGAAAAACUACUUAAAUAAGAUUCCUGCUCUCACAUUUAGGAUCGUUGUGAGAAAUAGUUGCUAGAUAAGCUUGUGUAGAGUAAAGAAACCAAGAACAAAGUAGCAGGUGGAGUUAAGGUGAGAGUCAAUGACCUGCUAGUUGACUUAAAAGAGCUGCUCAGAAUAUGUAAUGAUCACUGCAAAGAUUGUGAUGACUUCCAAGAUAAGAUCAAGACCAAAGGCAUAAUCGCUUCAAGUAUUCCACCCAGAAGACCUAAGUCUAGCAAGAAGGAAAAUAGCAGUAAUCAUAAGAAUCAUAAUGAUAAACUUCAGACUCUGAAAGAAAUCAGAGCUAAGAUCAUUGGAAAGGCUGACUCAGUUAUGAUUGGAAAUCUUAAGAAACUUAUAUUAGGCUUAAAGGCAUCAUUGACCCCAGUCUAAAAUCUCAUUUAUAAGAAUGAUCCAGAUAUGGAAAUUCAUAUGGUCUCAAUAUUACCAAAUCUAGUUAGCUUAUUUGAAACCUCAAAUGAAUCAUUGAGAGAGUAAAACUUAAACUGCAUUAAAUUGUAUUGCAAGUACACAGGAAACAUAGACCACAUUUACGACACUAAUGUAUCAAGCAUGUUCCAAAGAUAAUUGGAUAUGGACAUGAUAGACAAGUUGAGAGAACAGUAGAGUUUAAAAAGGGCAUAAGUUACUGAUAUCUUAAGUAUCCAAUAGGAUAUCCAAUCUAAAAGCGAGGCCAUCACAAGUCAGUUUCAGGGCUACUCAUUUGAUGCUGUUCCUCAGAUAUCCAAUUUAUUUGCUUUUGGAAGUUUGCCUUACAACAUGAUAUAGCACAUUUAAUAGCACAGCGAAUGGAAAAUGAAACUCAAAGUUGUUGAAGAUUUAGAAAAGUUCAUGGUUGAAAUGAGCAAUCAGCAGAAGCAAUAGUUUAUGAAUUACUGCUCCUCAUUCAUCACAUUCGUGGAGCAAUUCCUUAUUCAAGAUGAUAACAUGAAAAUUGUGCUUUCUGGAAUUAGAAUUCUAAGGUAUCUAAUGAGGAACGCAUAGAUGGCUGAGAAAACCAAUUUGACUAAGCUAAUCCAUUCAUUGAUAAUGAAAAUGAAUGAUCCUAAGGAGAUCAUCAGAGCUGAAAUUGAAUCGCUAUUUGUGUAGCUUUCCUAUCAUAUGAAAACUAAAUCCCUGAUUUUAAAUCUGCUGCAUCUAUUUAAGACUUACAGAAUAAGCAAUGAUGCAAAAGAGUCGCUUCUGAGGAGUAUCAUCACUAUUAUUUUGACUUAAGACGGCUCACAGAUCAAUGAUCUGCAAAUUUCUUCCUCAUUUAAGGAGGAAAAUCUCUAUAUGUAAAUUAUAGAACCACUAGCUUAUUUAUUCACAAAUAAAGAGGAGCCUCUCAAAGUAAGAUAUAUGGCUCAGGAGACUAUGGCUGUGAUUGCAUCAAUAUUAAACAGGACUUAGGUACUCGAAGCUCUUUAUGAAUGUCUAUCUGAUGAUAAAUCAUUGUAUGAUAAGUUUUGUGAUAGACUUGAUGCUGACUUGAUUCCUUUCCUUUCGAAGAUGAAUGAUAUUUAGAAGCUAGAAUUCCCUCUACCUAUAACUCACGUGUUUUCUAUCUAGGUUGAUAAGAAAACACCUAUAUAAAAAAGAGAAAGAAACAUUUAAGCAGCUGAUUAGUAUUACUCUUAAGACUUUACAGAUAAUAUAAGUGAAAACGAUUUCUAGCCAUACAAUUAGGCUAUCAAAUAGAGGUAACCUUACAAGAUCAUGAAUUAAGUGAAAGCUCAAAAUAAUGUCACUUCAGACACAGAAGACUAUGUUGUCACAAAGAAACUUGAAUAGAAAAUGGAAAUGAAAUCUAGAAGAGUAUUUCAAGGUUUGGGUUAAAAUAUAGUUGGAAACAACAUCCCUAGCGAUGAUUAUACCUAACUUAUGAAUGAUAAGAAGCCUGAUUCUAGAAAUCCCACACCUCAUCUUAUCUCUGAAUAGCUCAGGUUACUGAAGUCAAAGGAUAGAUUCAAUUCACCUCCAAACGGUACAAGGCUUAAUACUAAAGGAGACUAUGAUUAGACUUUGAUGCAAGAAAAUUCAACAUAAUCUUCAUUUAAUAAUCAAACUGCUUUGAAGAAUACUUUAGCAGACAAAUCAUAAAACUAAACAGUGUAGAUUUAGUCAAGAGAAAAUACAGCGACUAAAUCUAAUAGAGGUAAUAAGUAAUCACCUAAAUUCUAUGCUAAAAACAUGCAGCAAGAAGUAGACUAUAUGGAUUAAACUCCCAAAAUGUACUCAAAUAAGUUCCCUGGAAAAGUUGAAUACUAAACGAUUGGCUCGCCAAAUAAAGUAGUCACAAGAUGUUCAUAGCGUCUCAAAGAGUAACAUAAGAUCUAGUGGCUUGAAUUUCGUAAUUUAAAGUGCUAAUCAUUAUAAUAGGAUCAUUUUGUGAGUUUUGAAGAGCUUGGACCAUCAGAAAAUCCCUAAAAAGAUAUUCUAACUGUUUAAACUCAGCUUGAUGCUCCAUCUCUCAUAAAACUUUGUGAAUCUUUGAGAUCAAGUUUAUCCAAGCAUGCCAUUAACUUAGUGGAGGAGGCAUACAAUUAAAAUAGCAAGCUAAUGGAAAUUGAAACUGAAUAAAUACUAAACAUGCUUUUCAAAAGAUCUGCUGAUACAAAUAAACUAGGCAAGAAGAUUUUGACAUUAAAAGAUACUGACAAGAUUAUUACAAUGCUUGGAGGAUAUGUGAAUGACUCCUCUCCAGAGGUCAGAUAGAACACUAAGUAAGCAAUAUUACUUCUGGAGAAUGGUGCUGAUCCUAUCACAAGAGAAGACUCUGAGCGAUUGUUCAAGAAGUAUGUAACCAAAGAAUUUGAUCAGCAAAAAGUCUUGAAGAUUUUAGAUUAGGGAAUGCAAGGAAUGAAUUUAGAGGGUCUAAUAAAUCAAAGUUAAGACUAGAAUGUAUACAACUAAACAGGAAUUUCAAGAACUUCAAAUAGAAUGAGAAGCUAGGCAUCUUUCAAAUCAAAUAUAAAUGCUUAGUCGAGCCCAAUGAUUGACAAAUCUCCCUCAAAGAAAGAAAACUUUAGAAAAGCAUUCAAGCCUGAAUUACCUGGCAAUAUCAAUAUAGUGUCUGAAACAAAUUCCUAAAUUGGCUCAUCUGAAAAUCUAAGUCAAUAAAAGAUUGCUUCUAAUUAAUCACAAAGAGAUAUCCCAGCUAAAUCUCCACUAAUAAAGAAAAAUGCCUAAACAUAAUAAAACAAUAGUCCUCCUUAAAUUGAGAAACCCACAAAUCUCACUACUAGUGCUAACAAUCUCGCUAAUCAACCUUAAGAAGAAAUUACUUAGAUAUUACAAUUGCUUUUGAAGUAAUAAACUGAUUAAAGGAAGUAUGCCUUGCUAAACUUAGCUGAUGUUUCUUUGAAAUAAAAGUAGCUAUUAAUAUAAAACGAGUUAUUCUAUCAGGCUUUUGACAAAGUAAUUAUGACUCCAUUACUAACAAUUUAACCUUAAGCUACUGCUAAGUCUAUGAUUUCUGCAAAUUUAUUAGAAGCUGAGGUAUUACAUAAUAUCAUAAGUGAAGUUAGUGACAGAUUAGAUUUCUAGACUCUAAGGAAAACAGUCAAUAGUGUCUCUAUAUAUUUAGGUUCUUCAAAUUCUUAGGCCAAGAAAAAUGCUGAAAACUUACUGAACAAGAUAAUAUCAAUUUAUCCACCUGGAGAAAUAGUAGGUGGGUAUGCUGAAUCAAUCCAAAAUUCAGGCAAUAAAGCCAAAGUAUAUCUGACCAAUAAACUCAUUGAAAUGGUGCCAAUUAUUAAUAAGCAGAGUCCAGCUAAAUUACCCACCGAGGUAUUCACUCAUGUUUAUAGACUAAUGGAUGAUUACAUUGCUGGAAGAGGUAGAAACAUUCCAAAUGAUUUAAAAGUUAACAUUGAGCAGCUUAUAAAAGUGAUUUAUUAUGAGCAAGGAUCGGCUUUUGUAGAGUAGUGCCCAUCAAACAAACUCUCUAAAAUUUUCGAAAUAGUAAAUAAAGAGAAAAAAUAACUUAUUUGA